GUGUAACAAGCCUCCAUCAUGACAGAUGGACAUGGUAUCUAUUCUAUUCUUAUCACUUACUGACAGUGUUACUCCAGUGGCUCCAUUGUGGUGAUCCUAAACAAGUGAACAUUUUCCUGGCCCGGAGCCUCACGCCGUAGGUGAAGGAUGGAUCAACAUUGUGCACAGUAUAAGAAAGCUGGCUGCCCAGGACUUUGGCUUUUUCCUGUUUGAAGCUCCACCAAUGAGUCCAAGAGUGGUUACAGUAAUAUUUAUCGCUAUGGUAACUAUCAUUUACACAUGCAAAACGUUACCUUGUCUCCCACAUCCAGCUGGUAUUCAAAACAGGAAGGGUUGUAGUAAGCUCGACCGCGGGGAACCUGCCAGGUCACCACCAGGUCUUCAUUUCUGACUGAAGCGGAGAUGUUUCCAGGUUAGGGUAUUGCAUGAUCGCAACUGGACUGUUCAGGUUCUCUUCAUCAGUUCAUCAGCUCUAGUCUGAGGGGAUGAUACGGGAUCCAAGUAUUUAAGACAUCCCAUCGUCGCUCUUCAAGCAAUCAUCUGGAACUUCCGUGCGUUCAGACAGCGAAAACCAAGCGUCGGUUUGCAGAAAAGUGGCUGACGUGAGGCGGGCAUGGCUCGGAAGUACUAAGCUGGUCGGGUACCUGAACGCACCACGGGAGCUGCUAGCUUCGGUAGUUGAUGUCACGGUAACUCUUUAGCCCGGGUGUUGAUGUGUCCACGUCCUGAAGCAGGAAAAACAGCACCAGACCAUCGCACUACCACCACCAUAUUUUACUGUUGAUCCAGCAUGUCAGCCAAAGACACGAUAAAACACAACAAAACAUCCCUCCACACGACGUUGUGCGGGGACUACCGGUUGAUCCUCACCAAAGUUUAUGAGAACAACCUGAUAACCUCCCGAGAGUACAACAACCUCAAAUGUAUCCGCAAAGAGGAUCUAGAGGGCCAUGUGGUGGAACUUGUGGAUAAAAUCAUCAACAAGGGAGAGGACACCUGCCGUGCUUUCCUGAGUGUGCUGCAAAAAGACCAAGACGUUAAAGCCACUUUCCCACAGCUCAAGAACUUGGCACUGACUGGCAACCACCCGCCCCACAAGCCCCCCCAAGCAUCGUGUUCAGAUGAUGUCUCACAGGAGAAGGAUGAGCCGUACCAAAUAACACGCAGUCCCGUUGGCAUCUGUUUGAUAAUAAACAACAUGAAUUUCUUUGACGGCACCGCAAGAACUGGAUCCAACAGAGAUGCAAAUUGUUUGGCGGAGGUGUUCACCUGGCUUGGGUUCAGAGUGCUGAUGUGUAAAGAUCAAACAAAGCAACAGAUGGAAAACACGCUGGAGAUCUUUGGAUCUCUGAGCGACGCCGCGACGCUGAAGGAUUUAAACAUUACGGAGUUCUGCGGCAACGGAUUCACUGAUCUUCAGGACGACGUCGCUAAUCAUGGCGACGUCUUUGUCUGCUGUGUUCUCAGUCAUGGGGCAAAGGGCGUUGUCCUUGGGGUUGAUUCCCAAAGUGUCCCCAUUAAGCAAAUGACUAGAACCUUCAAGGCUAGCGACCAGUCACCCCUCACUGGAAGGCCCAAAGUAUUUUUGAUCCAGGCUUGCCAGGGUGUUCUCACGCAACGUGGCGUGUUGUUACCUGAAAUUCAGAGUGAUGAUUAUCGUUCCCUUUUCAUUCCCGAGGAAGCUGAUAUCCUCGUUGCUAUGGCAACUGUUGAGGAUUGUGCAGCAAUGAGACACAAAAAAAAUGUCAGCUGGUUUAUCCAGUCUGUAUGUAAGCACCUGAAGGAGGGUUGUCCCAGGGGCGAAGACGUGGUCACCAUCCUCCACCGUGUCAAUGACGAAGUCAGCCAGCAAGAAGCAUCCCCAAUCCCUGGUAAAAAAAAGCAAAUGCCGGAGGUUCGAUUCACCCUGAGGAAGAAACUUGUGUUGUCACCACAGCAAAUCUGAAAUUCAAUCAACCUAAGCCAUGCAAUUACAUAAUACCAAAUCUUACCAGAGAGGUAAGAGUAGUUUAAUCAGGGCAUGCAUGUACUCUAUUCACCUAUCUGCCUUUUAUAUCAUACACUAUAUGUAAUUUUUAUAACCCUAACAAAUUGUUAUACUGGAUAUAAAUCAGUGGCUCGAACAACUGCUUGUCGGGAUUUUGCCAUUUUCAGUCUCUGACAAAUAAAUCUUAUUUCUACA